AUGAAAAGAAAUCAACAACUCACACUCGGAGACUUUUGCAAACCAUCCCAAAAGAAAGUCAAAUUAACAGAUCAAGGUAGCCGUAGCUCAUCGGCUUCUUCCAGUAAUUCUUCCGCAAAUAGUACUCCUCCAAUAAAAGAAACCUUCUUGAUCAAUGAUCAAAAGAAUGGAGUUCAGGUGAGAUAUAUUCCAAAUUUCCUCUCAAGACAAGAAUCUACCAAAUUAUUCAAUGUUCUACUGCAAACAUGUGAAUUUGAGAAGGGAAAGUUUAAGAUAUUUGGAAAGGAAAUUAUUUCGAAUAGACAAAUAUCGGCAUUUGGAGAACGUGAUUAUGAACCAUUGUUAAAAGAGGAAAAUUAUUCGAAACAUCAUAGAAGACCAGUCCAUGAUGAGUGGCCAAAAGAAUUGACAGAUUUGAAGGAAAGAAUUGAAAAGUACACUGGUGACACAUUCACAUUCGCUCUCAUCAAUAGAUAUGAUACUGGGGAAAGCUCAAUUGGAUGGCAUUCGGAUAUGGAGCAAGAUAUCAAGAAGGAUUCGUCAAUUGUUUCCAUAUCUCUGGGAGCUGCAAGAGAUUUCAAGUUUAGACCAACUCCCAAGAAGGAAAACUCGAAGAAAUCACCAACCAAGAAGGAUGAAGAAAGUGAAGAGGAAGAGAAGGUUCAAACUAUCACUCAAAAAUUGGAGAAUGGAUCAAUGGUGAUUAUGAAUUAUGCCACCCAAAGACACUAUCAGCAUUCCAUUCCAAAAAGAAAGAAUCUCAAUUCAGUAAGAUUGAACAUUACAUUCCGACAUGUUGUGAGAAAUAAACCUUGAGUUUAUUUCCUUUUCAAAGAUGAUGUCCACUAAUAAAUUAUUGUAAAAUAUUGUUGU